UUUGGCUGUCUCUUUUGUUAACUGUAUUAAUUUAGAUUGUAACCUGAAGAACAAGUCAUCCUGAGUUACACACUCCAGUACAGUAGGUGGCGAUAUGCACCUUUCAAGUUGGUUGCAACACGCAGAGACGAAGAAGAAGAAAGAAGAAGAAGAAGAAGAAGAAGAAGGAGGAGGAGGAGGAGGUUACAGAUGGCGCGUGAGAAGCUGCUGCAGAUAUAAACACACUUUGUUACACACGUUUCUCCGGUAGCUUUGCGCUCUGAACCUCCAACUCGGAAACGUUUUGGGAAUCCAGACUGUCUGCUGUUUUGUCAGCACACAUCAGGUCCAGCAGAAAGGACUCAAUCCACUAAAGUUCAGUCCAGUUCAGACCAGUACAGAUGAUCGCAAUGUUCAGGCCUCUGAAGAUCCUCCUGUCUGCCACAAGGUGUCAUCCAACCCGUUGCUGCUCAGACUUCGUCUCCAGGAUGAGGUAUGUGAACAGGCUGAAGGAGGAUGAUGUAGCGUGUGCUGCAGCACUGCAGAACGCUCACAUUUUCUUGUUCCAUCGUCUGUCUCCUCUUCUGAAACGCGCUGAACAUGGAACCUUCAGACCAGCAGUACUGACUUGCUCAGAUGUUCAGCUGAUCCUGGAGAGACUUGGUUCAGACAGAAUCCUGCUGAAGGAGUCGGUUCUGAUCGGCUGCUCUGAGCAGAACCAGGCUCAGUUCUGUCUGGAUGUUGGAGAUCUGGAUCAGGCAGCAGUAGAGGAAGUGUGUGAAGGAAGCUUCAUCGAUCUGAGGAAAAGUUUCCUUCUCCUGACAGGAUCAGAGGCUCCUCUAGUGGCCAAGGGUCAAGCUCUGCUGCGUUGGCAUCAAACGAGUGGCUUCUGCAGUGCCACAGGCCAGCCGACCCACCGCAACCAGGCAGGAAGUUGGAGAGUCUGCAGCAGCAGCGGCAUCAUCUACUAUCCCAAGAUGUCUCCAGUGGUGAUCGUCCUGGUGUCUGCUGGGAAACGGUGUCUGUUGGGCCGGCAGUCGUCCUUCCCUCGAGGGAUGUUCAGCGCUCUGGCUGGUUUCUGUGACAUGGGUGAGUCUCUGGAGGAGACUGUGUGCAGGGAGGUGGCAGAGGAGGUGGGUCUGGAGGUCCACAGUGUCUCCUACAGCUCCUCACAGCACUGGCCUUUUCCACACAGCUCCUUCAUGCUGGGCUGCCAUGCCUCCGUUAACCCCGCCUACACUCAGUUAAACGUGGACCACUCGGAGCUGGAGGACGCUCGCUGGUUCAGUCUGGAAGAAGUCAACCUCGCCCUGCAGGUGAAAACUCCACCCAAGAGAGGCGACCCCCAAGUCCUCUGGCUUCCUCCAAAACACGCCAUCGCCAACCGCCUCAUCACAGAGUGGACGGACCACCAGCGACGCAGCGAGGAGGGAGAGUGAGGUCCGAACACAUGGAGGAAUUGACAGUGUGUGAUCUCUGUCAGGACUGGAGGUCAUGUGAUCCAGAAACCCAGAAGUGUUUGUAAUCAAACGUUUUCUAUCUGUGAACCCCCUCCCCAGGUGGGACAGGUGCAUCAAGGUGAUGGAUCAGCUUAAAUGUCCUUCAGCACUUAAACACCUGGAGACAUAUUGCUGCAUUUAAUAUCGUGAAAUAUGAAACGCAUGUUGAAAUCAUUCAUUGGGACAUCUCACUUCCUGAGGACGACGUUGUCUUUGAUGCCCAUCCAGAAUAAACGUCCACAAAGGAAUCAGAGAAUCAAGAAUCUUGGUGUUGUCGUGUUGACGGUCGUCUCUGUGUCCAGAGCUACACUGCUGCGUCACAUGUUCAUCAACCAGUAAAAACUUUUAGAAAAUGAUGUAAUUACUGUCUGAAUGGGAAGUUUUAUUCAACGAAUGUCAGAGUUGCAUACUGUAGCACCUUAUUUUUCAGUUUCAUCCAGAUUUCUCUUCUUCAUCAGCUGAUUUGUUACACUGAAUAAAGUGUUUACAUCUGCAGUCCGUGACAUCUACACACAACAAGAUGAUGGGAUGUGCUAUCUUUAAUAUUGUUUAUAUGCUUCUGAAAUCAAGAAUGAAUUAUUAUGUUAGCAUUUCUGCGAUGAAACACAACAACUCCCUCUGAUUUUCUGCCACGAUCUUUUACCCAGUGUUGGAGAAGUUCAUCAAGUUUUAAUAAAAUGGUGAGUGACUUGAAA